GAAAUCUUCAACUCCCAUGAAGUCCACCGGCGAGAACUCGCGCACACACACACAGGCACACAGAAUCCAAGGGAGCCGGCGAUCGAGAUUCGAGAAGCCAGCAUGGGCACUGUCGAGGAGGAGGAUCUACCGGCAACGGACAUGCCGCGGGUGGUUGGCGUCCUCUCCGCGCUCCUGGAGCGCGUAACGGAGCGCAACGACGCGGCGGCGGGGCCGCGUGCUGCCGCCUCGGCGUUCCGGGCCAUGACGAAGCCCGGCAUCUCGGUGCGCGCGUACAUGGCGCGCAUCGCGCGGUUCGCGGGCUGCAGCCCCGCGUGUUUCGUGGUGGGCUACAUCUACCUCGAUCGCCUCCUGGGCCGCCGCCGCGCCCUUGCCGUGGACUCCUACUGCGUGCACCGCCUCCUCAUCACCACCGUGCUCUCCGCCGUCAAGUUCAUGGAUGACAUAGCCACUGAAGACAACUUGUUGAGUUGUGGUCAUAGAAGGCUCUUAUGGGAUAAGAUGCUACAACAACGCCUACUUCGCCAAGGUGGGCGGGAUCAGCCUGCCGGAGAUGAACUACCUCGAGGUGGACUUCCUCUUCGGCGUCGGUUUCGACCUCAACGUGUCGCCGGAGACGUUCGGCCACUACUGCGCCAUCCUCCAGUCCGAGAUGCUCUGCCUGGAGCUGGAGCCGGAGCCCCUUCUCGCCCCUACCACCGCCUACGCUCCAGGCAGCAGGAUGCAUUGCUGCGUCUCUGAAGACGAUGGCACUAGCGCCACCGCUACCAGCAACAGCAGUACUCAGCAGCAGCUGGCUGCAUAGGUCGUUAGAGGCAUAUGUAUACAGGACACUGUGUGAGUGCGUACAUGUACAUGGUCAUGUUGCUCGGGCGAGCAGAGUACGCGAGCUUCCUCGUUGUGAUGUGCUGCUGUUUGGUUCCUUUGGUGUAUAGCUUGUUUAGGUGACAGAGGUGGACACUGCAAGAGUGCAGACCGACUUGAGCAAGUUGAAUACAAGGUGUGUGGUGUGCUCUAGUCCACAAGUGACAUGUAUAUUGUUGGAAUGUUGGAUCAUUUUCUUCUCUUUGCUACAUGGUGUUGCAAUUA